AUGAGAACCUGGUUUGGGAGUGGCAAGAAGCUGCAGAGGGCCGUCACGUCCUGCUGCCUUUGCGCUUUCAUCCUUUACGGCUACGAACAAGGUGUCUUUGGGGGCAUCCUCGAGAACGAAAAUUGGCUGAACCAGUUCAACCACCCAGACGACACACUGACAGGUCUCAUCACGGGCAGCUAUAAUAUCGGUGCAAUUCUUGGGUGCUUUCUCAACUUUUUCAUUGGCGAGUUCCUUGGCCGGAGGCGGACCAUCUGGUUUGCCAUGUCCUGGAUCAUCGUGGGUGCUGCACUCCAGGCCUCUGCAUACCAGCUUGCGCAUCUCAUCGUUGGACGGAUCAUCACAGGCGUCGGCACAGGCCUGAAGACAUCCACUGUUCCCAUGUAUCAAUCAGAGCUCUGUGAGGGAAAACGGCGAGGUCGACUUGUUUCCCAAGAGGUCAUGUUUGUCGGCCUCGGCAUCGCAUUUGCCUAUUGGUGGGACUUUGCGCUCAGUUUUGUUGGCGGAGCCUUUGCCUGGCGAUUCCCUCUCGCUUUUCAAGCCGUAUUUGCCUUCUGGGUCGUGUUUGUUGUCUUUGGCGUGCCCGAGUCGCCGCGGUGGCUGCUUAACCACGGCAACAAUCGUGAGGAGGCACUCCGAGUUCUGGCAGCUAUUUACGACAAGCCAACGGAUCAUCCCGACAUUCUGGAAGAGGUCAACUCGAUCCAGAAGGCGCUUGCGGUGGAGGACAAGGCACAGGCAUCGUGGUCAGCAACAUUUCGCAACGACAAGGUCAAGACAAGAAAGCGAGUCUUUCUUGCUUGGUUUGGUCAGUUUAUGAACCAGGUUGGUGGCAUAAACCUCGUUGUUUAUUACGUUUUGACUGUGCUCCAGGAAAAUGUCGGUCUGGAGCACCGCCUGGCCCAAAUCAUUGCUGGUUGCAUCCAGCUCAUGUUUCCCCUGGGAUCCCUCAUCCCUUCGCUCGCUCUUGAUCGCAUGGGCCGUAGGCCGACCAUGAUGUGGGGAUCCCUGUUCAUGGGCGCCUCGAUGAUGUUUGUUGCGGCGCUGCUGUCUCAGUCCGACGGGACGACUCGGGGCAAGUCCUUCUCGUCUGCCGCAAUCGCCUUCUUCUUUACGUACAUGUUUACUUUUGGCGCCACGAUGAACUGCGUGCCGUGGGUCUAUGUCCCCGAGAUCCUGCCACUACAUGCGCGAACCAAAGGGACGGCCAUCGGAGUGAGCUCCAACUGGCUGUGGAAUUUCACUGUGGUCAUGAUCACACCCAUUCUGAUCAACCGGCUGCAGUGGAAGACGUAUCUGAUCUUCACGGCGACCAACAUUGUCUUCAUCCCCAUCAUUUUCUUUUUGUUCCCGGAAACGUCCAACCUGGCGCUGGAAGAGAUAGACUGCAUUUUCGCAACCGACGAGAACUCUGUUUCGGCGGCAGGGAAGAUGCAGAAGCAGUUGAAGUUGCACGGAAGACUGGACAUGGGCAGCUCGACCACGGCGGACGAGCCCAAGGAGGGUCAUGUGGUGCAUGCGGAGUGA